GCUGCUCCAGCUCUGCCAGAGAACCAUGGCACUGCCUGUUGGACGAGGGAUGUUCACCUUGUUCUCCUAUCAUCCUGUUCCCACGGAGCAGCUGCCCAUCCCUAAGCUGAAUCUGACUGGCCGUGCUCCUCCUCGGAACACCACCGUGGAUCUCAACAGCGGCAACAUCGACGUGCCCCCAAACAUGGCCUGCUGGGCCAGCUUCCACAACGGGGUGGCUGCUGGCCUGAAGAUAGCCCCUGCUUCACAGAUAGACUCUGCUUGGAUUGUCUAUAACAAGCCCAAAAUUGCUGAGCUAGCAAAUGAAUACGCUGGCUUCCUCAUGGCUCUGGGUCUCAACGGGCACCUCACCAAACUGGCCACCCUCAACAUCCACGACUACCUGACAAAGGGCCACGAGAUGACAAGCAUUGGGCUGUUGCUGGGCGUGUCUGCUGCCAAGCUGGGCACCAUGGACAUGGCCAUCACACGCCUCCUGAGCAUCCACAUCCCUGCCCUCCUGCCCCCCACUUCCACGGAGCUGGAUGUGCCCCACAACGUGCAGGUGGCCGCCGUCGUUGGCAUCGGCCUCGUCUACCAGGGCACGGCCCACAGGCACACAGCUGAGGUCCUGCUGGCAGAGAUAGGACGUCCCCCUGGACCAGAAAUGGAGUACUGCACAGACAGAGAGUCCUACUCACUGGCCUCUGGCCUGGCCUUGGGCAUGGUUUGCUUAGGGCACGGCAGCAAUCUGAUUGGCAUGUCAGACCUCAAUGUUCCUGAGCAGCUGUACCAGUACAUGGUUGGGGGUUACAGGAGAUUCCAGGCAGGAAUUCACGGAAUGCACAGGGAGAAGCACAAGUCCCCCAGUUACCAAAUCAAGGAGGGAGACACCAUAAAUGUGGAUGUCACUUGUCCAGGGGCCACACUGGCACUUGCUAUGAUCUACCUAAAGACAAACAACAGAUCUAUUGCUGACUGGCUUCAAGCACCAGACACCAUGUAUUUGCUGGACUUUGUAAAACCAGAGUUCCUGCUGUUGAGGACCUUGGCUCGGUGCCUGAUUCUGUGGGAUGACAUCUUGCCCAAUUCCAAGUGGGUCAACAGCAACGUGCCUCAGAUUAUCAGAGAGAACAGUAUCUCUCUUCAGGCAACAGAGCUGCCUUCAUCUGAAGACCUGAGCUUAGAAACACUGGCGCAAGCUCAUGUCUACAUCAUUGCUGGAGCCUGCUUGUCGCUGGGAUUUCGCUUUGCAGGUUCGGAGAACCUGGCAGCUUUUAACUGCUUGUAUAAAUAUGCAACAGAUUUCCUGAAGUGUUUGUCAGCACCAACGGCUUCCAUAACAGGUCACUACAAUCUGGAGACGUGCCUGAGCGUCCUGCUGCUGUCCCUCUCCAUGGUGAUGGCUGGUUCUGGGAACCUCAGAGUCCUCCAGCUCUGUCGUUUCAUGCACAAGAAGACGGGUGGAGAGAUGAACUACGGCUUCCACCUGGCUCACCACAUGGCCCUGGGGCUUCUCUUCCUGGGAGGAGGAAGAUAUUCACUGAGCACCUCAAAUUCUUCCAUUGCUGCUCUCCUCUGUGCUCUGUACCCUCACUUCCCUGUGCACAGCACGGACAAUCGGUACCACCUCCAGGCUCUGCGUCACCUGUACGUGCUGGCAGCAGAGCCCAGGCUCCUGACCCCCGUGGACGUGGACUCCAACACUCCCUGCUACGCCCUCAUCGAGGUGACCUACAAGGGCACGCAGUGGUACGCGGAGGCCACCGAGGAGCUGAUGGCACCCACGCUUCUUCCAGAGCUCCACUUGCUGAAGCAGAUCAGAGUGAAGGGACCACGGUACUGGGAGUUAUUAAUAGACCUGAGCAAGGGGACACAUCACCUCAAAUCCAUUCUUUCCAAGGGUGGCAUCCUGUACGUGAAGCUGAGGGCUGGGCAGCUCUCCUACAAGGAGGACCCCAUGGGCUGGCGCAGCCUCUUGGCACAGACCGUCACCCACCGCAACUCUGAGGCUCGGGCGUUCAAGCCAGAAGCCAUUUCUGCUUUCACCUCUGACCCUGCUCUGUUCUCCUUCGCCGACUACUUCUGCAAACCGACGGCGAACAUGGGCCAGAAACAGGAAAUCCUGGAUCUCUUCUCCUCAAUCCUUUACGAGUGUGUGACCCAAGAGAACCCCGAGAUGCUACCCACGUACAUAGCAAUAGAUCAGGCUGUGAGGAGGCUGGAGAGGAGAGAAAUGUCCGAGACGUUUGAGCUGUGGCAGAUAAAGCUGGUGUUGGAAUUCUUUGGCUCCAGAAGUCACCAGGAGAGGAUGAGCAGGAAUCCAAACCGAGGGCUCUUCAUGAACUCCGAGUUUCUGCCCGUGAUGAAGUGCACCAUUGAUAACACCCUGGAUCAGUGGCUUCAAGCUGGAGGGGAUGUCUCCCUGCAUUCCUACCUGAGUGGGCAGCCCCCAGAGGAGCCCCAGCUGAGCAUGCUGGCCUGUUUCCUCAUUUACCACUCUGUCCCCACACCAGCUCAGCUGGCUGCAGGAGGCCUGGAAGGAAGCACAAACUUCUCAGAGCUGCUGCUGAAGCUGAAGCAGCUGAAGGUGCCCGUGCGUGCCCUGCUGAGGCUCGCCCCUCUGCUGCUCAGGAACCCCCAGUCCAUGGUGCUGUAG